AUGCCGUUGCGUUGCCCUGCUGGCGCGCUUCCGGAGGCGUACCGCCUCAUCUGUCUUCGUUCAGUUCGUGCCUUUGCGCGCGGAGUCCACAAUGUGGACUACCGUUUCGGUGCCGCGGGGUCCAAGAAGUGCAAUUAUUGCACUCAGCAGAAGGAGAAGUGCUCCCCUGUUCCGGAGUACGUCGAGGCCGAGUUCGCCGUUUUUCUCGCGGCGAUGGACCUGGUGGCUGCUGCCCGCCAUGGUGACGAGCCGGAGGACGACCGGUACGCUGCCAAGCAGCGUCUCGAGUCCGCCGCCCUGGAUCUGGCUCGCCAGGUCCAGGUGACAAAGAGCCAGGAGAAGGAGUUGUCCGUGGUCGGGCUCCUCUCCGCCACGCACCAGGUGCUGGUGGAGAUUCGGGAUAGCCUGCGCCGGCUGGAGGGCCGUGUGGCGGCGGUGGAGGAUGCCGUGGAGGCUGGUGGGACUUUUGUCCCAGACCCCAUGGACAUCAGUUCCGGGGGCGAGUCGGAGGAGGAGUCGGAGGGGGAGUCGGAGGGGGAGACAGAGGAAACUCUGUCAGUAGACCUCCGUGGUCUGGAGGAUGGGGCAGGGGAGUCUUCUGACUCCCCCAUUGAUUAG